UCCGUGCCUGAAGACCAGUUACGUGUAAGUGAUGACGAUGGAUCUUCCAACAGUGCGCGAAAUAGUAUAGACCCCUUCAGAACAGAAGGCGAACCAGUGGCCACGGAAUGCAUGCUGCGAUCUGGUCUCUACUACAAGGGAAUAUAUUGGCCUUCCAUAACAAAUAGUUUUAAAGACGAAACAGUAGAAUUAUCUUAUCAAAGGUAUUCACGGCGGCAGCGGCAGAGGUCACUCAUUAUGGUCAAUGUGGUCGAUUUAGCUCUUAAGAUAUGUUUAGCUCUCAUAUACACGCUAACAAGUAGAAAUAACUCAGAAGCAAUAGACGCAUACAAAAUAGCAUGGACGACGGCGUUUUCGCUUCUCAACGUGUCACUUUGCUUGCUGGGCACUUGGCGGUGUUUCGCCAACAACUACUUGCACUGGGCCGCGGCUGCUACGUGGAUACUACUCAUUGCUCAAGGUCUUAGUGGUCAAGGAAUAGGUUUCCAAGCGCCAGAGAACCAAGUAUGGUACAUGCUGUUCAUAAUCUUUGUACCAUAUGCAAUGCUCCCGCUCUCUCUGGGCUGGUGCAUAGUGAUUGGACUCUUGUCGUCUCUUUCACACGUACUGGCCACGGCUGUAGAUAUCAAGGAUAUUAUGGAUAAUAACCCUGAUGUUGCAAAAUCCUGCGCAAUGCGUCUGCUCAUAGCUAACGCGCUGUUAUACAGUGCAGUAAACUUCGCGGGCAUGUAUGCCAAGUAUCUCGCGGACUGGGGACAACGCAAGGCGUUCCUCGAGACACACCGCUCUAUGGUGACUCGACAGAGGACCAAGCGAGAGAGUGAUAGACAGUGGAAACUGUUUCAGAGUGUGAUACCAGACUUCUUAGCCACAAAAAUAUCUAGUCAUGUUUCGAAAGUGAAGGGAGAGUUUCAAGAACAACAGUUCAACAAUUUAUACAUUCAAAGGCACGAAAAUGUGUCCAUAUUGUAUGCUGAUAUAAAAGGUUUUACUGAACUAUCAAGUAAGUGCAGUGCACAGGAACUAGUCAAAUUGCUCAAUGAAUUAUUCGCGAGGUUCGACAGGUUGGCAUCGGAGAACCACUGUCUUCGUAUCAAACUGCUGGGCGACUGCUACUUCUGUGUGAGCGGACUGCCCGAGCCGCGGGCGGACCACGCGUACUGCUGCGUCAACAUGGGCCUGCACAUGAUACGCGCUAUACGUGAUGUGCGGUACAACGCGCAGGUAGACCUAGACAUGCGCAUCGGCAUCCACAGCGGCACAGUGCUGUGCGGCGUGCUCGGGCUGCUCAAGUGGCAGUUCGAUCUGUGGUCGCAUGACGUCACGCUAGCUAACCAUAUGGAGAGUGGCGGGUUACCUGGCCGCGUCCACAUAUCCGCGGCCACACUAUCCUGUCUACACGGUGCGUUUGAGGUAGAAGCGGGUGAAGGCCGUUCUCGUUCCGCGUACUUGCGGGAACACGACGUGGACACGUACCUCGUGCGGAGCAGCGAGCGGCCGCGCCCCACGCGGCUUAGGAGCAGUGUGGUGGCCAACCCACCACAAGCAGCGAAUGGUAAUGCGCUAAGACGGAGAAGCGGCAGUAUCGAUGACGAGACCACCACUGAUUGGAUUCCAGAAAUGCCAUUUCAAAAUUACUUCAGCAGCGGUGGGGGCGCGCUGCGGCGGCGCGCGUGUCGCCAGUCGGAGGAUGCGGAGCAAGGAAAUGACGUCGAACUGGCUUCCAUGUCUGAGGAGGACGACAUCAUAAACCAUUCCAUAGAAGUGAGCAGUAACCGUAAGAUGCGUAUGGAACACAUGCAUCCCUGGUCACUCCACUUUCGACAGAAGUCCCUAGAUACUCUGUUCUGCCAACUUGAUGAAAAGACCUUCAAGUCUAAUGUGAUGUGCUGCCUCGUGCUGUGGCUGUUUAUUUUGUGUGUCCAGUUCAUCAUGCAUUAUAACUGUCUUCUCCUAGUAGCAGUACUGCUAGCCAUGUCAGUACCUCUCGCGUUAUCCUUCGCACUAGUAAUGGCGGAGGAGUUCACGAGCACGUCCCGUCUCGCUCGUGCGUCCGCUGCGCUCAGCGGGAACAGAGCGAGACGGAACAUGCAUAUCUGCUGCUUUGUUACUAUUAUGUCUAUAUCCAGCACAGCAAAACUCUACGUCUGCCCAGCGUCAUUCCCAAACUUUGAGCCCACUAACUUCACAUUCACAAACACCACAGAAGGCAAAGAGAAAUCUGGAGAAUGUUAUAGACCAGAAUACGUGGUCUUCACUUGGAUCCUGUGCCUUGUGGCUCUAACAUCUAUUCUGAAGCUAUAUUACUUGAUCAAGACCUUCCUGGCGAUCGUCAAUGUGGCUCUCUACUCUGUUCUGCUGUUCGUCUACUAUAAUGUGUAUUAUUUUGACCCGACUAACACUAACACGCAGCUCCCGUUCUACGCGCAAAUGAUGAUCCUGAUGGUGAUGUUCCUCAUCAUAGUGGUGUACCACGCGAGGCUGGUGGAAGUGACGUCACGACUUGACUUCCUGUGGAGGCUGCAGGCGAGACGAGAUCUCGCUGAGAUGACGGAAACACGACGAAUGAAUAGACAUCUGCUGAAGCAUAUACUGCCAGAUCAUGUGGUUAACCAUUUCUUGAGCAAGGAUAGAUGUCCAGAUGAGCUAUACUCUCAAUGGCGGGACGAAGUAGGCGUAAUGUUCGCGGGCAUCCCGAACUUCCACGAGUUCUACUCGGAAGAACGCGCUAAGGAGUGCAUGCGACUGCUGAAUGAGAUCAUUUUUGAUUUUGACAAACUCCUAAUGCAACCGCGAUUCAAAAGUAUUGAGAAGAUUAAAACAAUCGGUGCAACAUAUAUGGCUGCUUCUGGACUCAAUCCGGACCACAAGACAGGCGACGAUGACUGUGAACACCUAUGUGCGCUCGUUGACUACGCGUUUGCGUUGAAAGAUGCGCUCGAAGAUAUCAAUAAGAACAGCUUUAACAAGUUUCGCCUGAGAGUCGGUAUAAGUUGCGGGCCACUAGUAGGCGGCGUGAUCGGCGCUCGCAAGCCGGUGUAUGACAUCUGGGGAAACACGGUCAACGAGGCCUCGCGCAUGGAGUCCACAGGCGCAAUGGGGAGGAUACAGGUCACCAAGUAUACUAAACAGAUGCUAGAGCGUCAAGGCUACGGCGUAGAAGCGCGCGGCUGCGUAGCCGUGAAGGGCAAAGGGAAGAUGGAGACGUGGUGGGUGACGCAGGGCCGAGCGCGCGGGCCCGGCGCGCCGCCCCCCCCGCCCGCGCCCCGCUCCCUCGCCGCGCUCGUGUACACCAUGCUGCAGGCGCGCAGGCGCAUCUACACGCACCCGCUGGACGCGCCCGUGAGCGUGCGGCGUCGCACAGCGCGUGCGGGCACCGCGCCGAGCAACCGCCGACACCAGCUGCGUCGCGCGCACACGAGACACGACCAUCCCACCCGCGAACUCGACUUGGAUCUCCGACCAUACAACAGCAUGGUAUCCCGUCGCCCCGACAUGGCCCCACCCAUGAGCGCCUCCGCCCCACACACCCCCACCAUACCACACCCACCAGACACUACCACCAAACUCGGCUUCGGCGCCAGGCUUAAAGCCGCCAGCUUUUCAUACAAAACACGACCCACACCGCAGAAACUUCCAGAAGAUCGAGGUUCUAUAAACUCAAUAUCAAACGGACUAGGAUCGUUCCGUAUUAGAUCGCUAACAACUGCGUCGUUCUUCAGAAGUAGGAAUAAAGAAAGGAAGAAAGAAGAACCAGACGGAAAUGGGGAGGUGGACAGUACUAGGAUGUGAAUUUAAACUAUUUAGUUGUACUUAGUGUUUAUUUCCCAUCAUACUUGGCUCGAACUUGCCAGCUUCUAGAAACCACACUAUAGAAACCAGAAAAUCAUAUUGAUUGUGUAAAAAGUAUAUUGUAGUAUAUUCAAUAUAACUAAGCUUUAUUUUUUAUUAGUGUUAAAAUUAAUAAAUCUCCAAAUAUAGUUCAGCUAUAACCCUGUAUAUAGGUAGAUACUAGAUACCCACCGGUAGCAAAUUUUAAUUAUUUCUAAGUGAAAACUACUUAGGAAAACUAAGAAGCUUACUUUGGCGCAAGCAGGUAUACCAAAGUAAAUUAUGAUAAAAUCCCUUAAAAAUUAAUAAUAGUCCAUCGCCAUGUCCAACUGGACAUUGUAC